CCCCGCCCACCGGAGACGGCAACAGGAAGUUCCCUGUUGAUCGCCGGAAGUAUUUUUUCUUUCGGUCCGAAAUCUGCAGCAAAAUAUUUUAAAAGGGAGAGAAAGCUGAAGAUUAAUGAAACGGCGCGGAGUCAGGAGGUGUUGAAAAUGAUUCAUUAGGUACACCAAGUGAGUCUCCUGGUUCGAUAGGAGGAGUAAAUGAUUGCCAAGACCCAGGAUGCCAGCAGGAGCUAGAGUGGAACAUGUGAUGUUAUGAAUUAUAAGGUGCAGUGAAAUCUAAGUCUUAAGUCUGAAGCUACAGUGUACAGGAUGCGAAGGUAUAUUCAGGUACCAAGAGCUGAACCUGAACAAGUCUACAGGUUUAACACUGGGUGGGAACCAAGACCCUUGCUGUCCUGUGGAGUAUGUGGCUGCUGUGGCGCGUUGCGCCCAAGAUACAAACGCCUGGUAGAUAACAUUUUCCCUGAGGAUCCAAAAGAUGGUCUCGUGAAGGCUGACAUGGAGAAGUUGACGUUUUAUGCAGUUUCAGCACCAGACAAAUUGGAUCGAAUAGGAAAGUACCUUGCAGAAAGACUCAGUCGUGAUGUUAUCAGGCAUAGAUAUGGGUAUGUUUUCAUUGCGAUGGAGGCAUUGGACCAGUUGUUGAUGGCUUGUCAUUCCCAAAGCAUUAAUUUGUUCGUUGAGAGCUUCCUUCAAAUGGUAGCCAAGCUAUUGGAGUCAGGAGAGCCUGAGCUACAAAUUCUUGGCUCCAAUUCGUUUGUCAAGUUUGCAAACAUUGAGGAAGACACUGCUUCGUACCAUCGACGCUAUGAUUUCUUUGUGUCUCGAUUCAGUGCAAUGUGCCAUUCCUACAAUGAUGAUCUGGAUACAAGGACUAAGAUCAGGAUUGCAGGCAUAAAAGGUAUUCAAGGAGUCGUACGGAAAACAGUGAAUGAUGAGCUCCAAACUAUAAUCUGGGAGCCUCAACACAUGGAUAAGAUUGUUCCUUCACUUCUUUUCAACAUGCAAACAACAGAGGAACUUGACAGCAAGAACAAUCCUCCAUCAAUACCACGAAGUGCUGAUAAAGAUGAGAACCCUGCUACUCUAGCAGAGAGUUGCUUUCGAGAAUUGCUGGGUCGCGCAGCCUAUGGUAACAUGAACAAUGCCAUCAGACCUGUUCUAGUGCAUUUAGACAACCAUCAGCUCUGGGACCCAAAUGCAUUUGCUGUUUCCUGCUUUAAAAUUACAAUGUAUUCCAUACAGGCUCAGCAUUCUCAUCAUGUGAUUCAGCAAAUUCUUCGACACCUGGACACUCACAACAAGGAUUCCCCAAGGGUCCGAGCUGGCAUUGUACAGGUCCUUUUAGAGACUGUUACUAUAGCAGCAAAAGGUUCAAUUGGUCCAACUGUUCUAGAGGUGUUUAACACAUUGUUGAAACACUUGCGCCUCAGUGUUGAUUUUGAGUUGUCAAAUCAGCAUGCAUCUACCAGUGCUUCAUCAACAAACAAUGAUGAGAAAGUAGUUCAGGAUGCAAUUAUCCAGACUAUUGGCUCUUUUGGGAGCAAUCUUCCAGAUUAUCAAAGAUCUGAAAUAAUAAUGUUUAUUAUGGGAAAAGUGCCCACUUUUGAUGCUGGAGCCCUGGAGUCGAGUCAUUCUGGGGACCGUGGAACAAGAACCAUCCAGGUCAAGCUACUAAGAUCACUACUUAUGGUAACUUCAGGGUACAAGGCCAAAAGUAUAUCAGCUGCACUUCCUUCUCCAUUUUUAGAGCCAAUAUUAUCAGUCUCUUUAAUGGAAGACAGUGAGCUGAGAUUGCUCGUCCUGCAUAUUCUACACAGCCUUAUUGAUCGUCAUGAGAACAAAGCAAAAUUCAAAGGAAUGAGAAUCAUCCCAGAUGUUUCAGCACUGAAGAUAAAAAGAGACAAGAGCUCGAAGCAAGACAUAAGUUUUAUGAAAAAACAAGGACAGCAAUUGUACAGACACAUUUACGUGGGAUGUAAAGAAGAUGAUAAUGAACAGAAAAACUUUGAAUCCCUAUUCAUUGCUCUUUUACUUAUUACAAUCGAACUGGGCAAUGAUGAAGUGAUUGUAGACUUGAUUCGUCUUGCUCUAGCUAUUCAGGAUUUGGCUGUGACUAAUGAAGAUAACUUACCCAUGUACAACCGUUGUGCCAUUCUAGCUCUUGUGGCUGCAUACUUGAACUUCCUGAGUCAGAUGAUUGCAGUACCAGCUUUUUGUCAACAUGUAAAUAAGGUGAUUGAAAUACGAAGCAAAGAAGCACCACAUCUUCUGCCAGAAAACCUCUCUAGAGAAAAAUUGCCCAAGUCUUUGGAGACACCAGACAAAAGCUGUCUUUUCUUGCAAAACAGGAUUGCGGAUGCACUUGCUGGUAGUGGGUACAGUGUGGACAGGCUGUCAGUGCCUUAUGUACCCCAGGCUACAGAUGAAGAUAGACUGUCCAGAAGAAAAAGCGUUGUUGACACUGUGUCAAUCCAAGUUGACCUCCUUGGUGUCAAUGUUCAGCAGGAUAAGGCAAAGGUAGUUGAAGAAAUCACCUUUGAAACACUAAAGAAAGCUAUUGAUAGCCAAAAUCUUGAAGAACAAGAAAGAGAGAAGCGGCGUCAAAUAAUUGAGAAGUUUCAGAAAGCACCAUUUGAGGAGAUUGCAGCUCAGUGUGAAUCCAAGUCAAACCUCCUCCACGACAAGCUUGCAGAGAUAUUUGAAUUGACAAUACGGCCGCCUCCAAGCCCAUCGGGAUCUAUGAGUGUGACAGCUGGCCAUGUUCAGUAUCAUUCCAUCCCAGUCUACGAAAUGAAGUUUCCAGACCUCUGUGUUUAUUAGUUGCUGCUUCUGUUUGAGAUACCUCCAUUGAUUUACUAUUUUUCAAAAUAAUGUUUGGAGUACUUCACUGAAUCUCUCAAUAAAUUAGUUGAACAAUCAGUUAAUUAUUAGGGCUUGCUGGACUGGUGUUCACUGUGAUGUGCUCUAGUCCUUUAAAUGUAUGAUGUCUAAAUGUAUAAGUAUCAGGUAGUACAAGUGUGCAUUUAAAAACUUACUAUUUACUUAAGCAAAAAAAUCUUGUUUCACCCUGCAAGAGGUCCAACAUGUUGGAGGAAUUGCUAACAUUCACAACUGUGAAAGUGUAGUCAUGAACAUAAUUAUGCAUGACUUUUAUAUUAAAAAUAAAGUUAAUCCAGUAAAAGAAUGGACUUUAUCAAAUAAUUUGUGAUAACUUUUUUAUAAUGUCAUAUUUGUUGAUUAGAACUUUUAAAUGAAUUGUCAUUUUUGUUCAGCAGCAUUCCAAACAUGUAAAAAUGUAACAAAACAGUUCUUGUUAACAAUUUUCAAUUCUGAUUUAUUCUCCGAGCCAUCCACAUUGAGCAUUGAAGCAAAUUGGUUUUGCAAAUUAGAGCUAUAUGAGAAAUGGGUUGAUUUUAUUCACUUUUGGUACCUAAAAUCCCAUCUAGAUUGCUGGUAUUCAAUGUCUACACAACUAUUUACAUUGGAUGAAAUCAAUUGUAUAAAGUUGCACAACAUAAUCUAGAGACUUAGUAAUGCAGAGUACUGCAAUGAGCAUGGCAUAAAUGUGCUUGAUGUAAAGCAUCAAGAGAACUAUUUCCAAUGUACAUAUGAAAAGUUAAUUGUAUAUUUCAGCCAACUACUUUUUUAAAAAGCCGAACUUUUCAGAUAUUAGAUGUGUAGGAUAAAAUAUCACUGAAAUCAUUUGCAGCAAUCCUACUUAAGAAUGUUUCUGCUAUUCUUUAAAAGCUAUUGUUUGUUUCAAUUAUACCUGCAAAAUAUCAAUGUUCUUAUGGUCAGUUUAUGCAUUUUAAUAAUUGACAAAUUAAUAGGUAAUAUAAACCAGAGGAUCCAAGACUCUUUAACAGUCCCCAUUACAGGUAGCAUUGGGUUUUUUUCUGCAUCCCUCCCCAACCUAAUUCUCCACACUGAAUAAUAACUAUUCCCUUUUCAGAAGAAAAACAGCUUGAGUCAGUGUUCCAUUAAAUAUACACUUAAAACACUGUUUCAAAAAAAAAACACAGCAUUAAAUAUAAUUUGUAUAAUUCUACCCUGCUUGCUGGUUAUGUGCAUUUACAUCAGACUGUAUGUUCAUUUUGGCACCACUAGACAAGAAGUAGCUGCAGAUAAUUUACAUUACAGUGUAUUAUGGAACAUUUGUUUUUGUUGCAUUAAGUUUUCACAUUGCAUAUUUUUAAAUGGCCAAUUCUUUGCACUCUAUCCCUUUUUGACUUUUAUUAUGCCUGGAGUUUCAAAACCUAGAAUAUAGGCUGCAUAUCCAGCUUUAUUGAAUAACUAUAUGAUAUUAAUUUGUUAUGGCAUAUUUGUUUUUAAGAAUGUACACGGCCAGUUUUUAUCAUUUUGAAACCCAAUUUUUUUUUAAUAAGUUGACUAUUUCAAAUAAUUCUGGAGGGCACACAUGAAAUAUCUAUGCACUGGACCAGUUCAAACAAGUCUGAGAUGCUGAGGUUAAACGUCUAUAUGUAAUAACAGUUUUUCUUUUUUGUAUUAGCUUAAAUAUUAAAAUAUGUAAAUGCAGAUAAAGUACAAGGAAUACUAGAUAAAUUAAUUGCUUUUUUUUUGAGGUUUUGCAAAACUUUCACCAGUCAGCCAAAUUUAAAGCAGCAGUUCUGAGAGUGGCAGGGAUAUGCUAUUUUAUAGUAGGAUUGAAAUUCAUUCCUUUGCUAUUCUAGUCAAGUGAUUUAAAUGUGGUGCUUUUCACGUUAUUUUGUUUAAUUUUGAAUAUCUUUGCUUUCAAUUUAAAACUUCAUAUACUUUUGGAAGUAAUAGGUAAGUUGCUGUCUGUUUUUAAUCUUCUAUAUUUAAUCAAAAUUAUGAUAACUGUAUAAUGUGAGAAAAGGUUGCAUUGGACAUUCUUCCCUUUUCACAAUGUUUAAUUUUUUUAACCAAAUAAGUGGCAAACCCAAAAGUUUCAAUGCUGGAAGCUGCAGUCUCCUUUGGACUUGAUUGAUACUGUGAGCAAUAGUAUUUUUGUAUUGGUUAAAGUCAAAUGUUUGCAUUAAUUGAAUGUUCUGACUUUAUUGAGCACUUUUGAAAAUACCAUUUGUUCUUGAGCAAGUUUUUAAUGUUAUCAGUGGAAGGUUUGUGAAUUUAUGCCAUAAGACCAGAGUCAAUUCUGUUUAUAAUGCUCAUGGAAAAUAUUACUUCAAAUUUAGUCUGCUUUGAUGCAUGCGCUGAAACUAGGAUCAUGUGUGAUGAUGUAUUAUGUAAUCCUAGUCAUGUAUCAUGUAUUUUCAGAUGAGGCUUCACACCUUGAAUGUAUUUAUUAAUGUUUAAAAUGUAGGCUUCUAUGAAUUCAAGCUUUAUCAACCUUCAGAAAUGUUAAACUUAAUGGGAAGUGAAAUGUUGCACAAUUAAAAGAACAAAAUAAACAGCUUUGCUGUA